CGUCGCCUCAGCUGCGGCUUCACUUUCUGCUUUACACUUGGCACAAGUUUUCAUGCUUUGACUUCAGUAUGUCCAAAAUGAGUGUGUGUGAUCGUGAGUUCAGAUUGGAGCAUUCAGACUGUACGUGGAGCAGACGGAGAGCAGACUGUGUGCCGACUGGAGGACGACUGUCAGACGCAAAGAUUUAUGAAUCUCACACAAAAGAAGGCGUCACAUGGACAGUGGUCAGUCCAAUCAUCUUCACCUAUCGAGUAAUUCAGUCUGAGAAUCUUCUAGACGUCAGAAAUGACACUUUACUGUUGGGCCACACCAGCAGCGCAGAGGAACACCAGACCCUUCAAAGCAUCAGCAGACAAAUAAAGCGAUUUAUAGUGAUCGAUGAAACCGUAAACCACCUCUACGGCUCUCAAGUCAAGGCCUAUUUUGAAGCCAGAAAAGUGACGUACAGGAUCCUUCCGUUACCAACAACUGAGGAGAACAAAUCCAUGACGCUGGUGACUUUAGUUUUGGAGGAAAUCCACAAAUUUGGGCUCGACCGCCGAACGGAGCCUAUUAUUGCUAUUGGAGGCGGUGUGUGUUUGGAUAUCGUGGGUUUCGCAGCUUCAUUGUAUCGCAGACGCACUCCGUAUAUACGCGUUCCCACCACUUUAUUGGCGUACAUUGAUGCUAGUGUUGGAGCAAAGAAUGGCGUCAACUUUAUGGACUGUAAAAAUAAGCUUGGCUCAUACGUUCCUCCUGUGGCGGCGUUUUUGGAUCGGACGUUUCUGAAGUCUUUACCGCGCAGACAUAUUUCCAAUGGGCUGGCUGAGAUGAUGAAGAUGGCGCUGAUGAAACACAAAGAGCUGUUUGAACUUCUGGAGAAAGAAGGCAGGCGUUUGUUGGAUUCCCGUUUCCAGUCAUCAUCUACAACUCAAGAGAGCGUGUGUCCGGAUGCAGCGAGUGUGUGCACCAGACUGGCCAUCGAGUCCAUGCUGGAGGAACUAGCCCCGAAUCUGUGGGAGGAUGAGCUGGACAGACUGGUGGACUUCGGACAUAUCAUCAGUCCAGAGCUGGAGAUGCAGGUCCUUCCAGAGCUUCUGCAUGGCGAGGCGGUGAACAUCGAUAUGGCUUUCAUGGUCUAUGUGGCUCAUGAACGAGGUUUUCUGAGUGAACAGGAGAAACGGCGGAUUGUGGCGUGUAUGCAGAGUCUGGAUCUGCCCGUCUGGCAUUCACACUGCAGUCUGGAGCUCAUACUGAAAUCUCUGAACGACCGACUCAAGCACUCGGCUGGAUCCCUGAGGAUGCCUCUGCCCACAGCGCUGGGGAAAGCACGAAUCUUCAAUGACACAGAAGAAAUGGUCGUGUGUCAGGCGUUCAAAAAAUGGUGCGAAGAACUCUGCGAGAAACCCUAAAAAACACACUGGAAAUGCAAAUGUACCAAAUAACCAAAUAAAAAACACCACCAGAAGUUGUG